AUGAACCAUUUCUUUUCUCCACUUACAUUCCCUAGUCAGCCCUAUUAUUUCGGCCGUCCCAUUGUUCUCUCUCUUCCCCAAUUUUCGAAUUCCUUUCCUUCGAAUGAUAACUUGACUACACAAGUGCCUGUAUCAGUCCCCAUGACUCCCCAGAGUAUGCCUACUCCCGUUGUUCCUAAUACUGUGCAUCUUCGAUCGAGUAGUCCUCCAACAAACGCAGAUAUUCUAAGUGUUCCUAUUGCGCAAGAACAUGCUGAUUGUGCCACUGAGAUCAGUAGUAUCUGUCCAGAACCGACGGAUACCAUUAUCAGUAUCAAAAACUGGGUAGCUGUCAAUUUGGAGGAAGAUGGUGAGUGUCGUAUUGCAGGACGCUAUAUUAAAUCCGGCCAACUUAUCUGUUCGGACAGGAUAGUUUUUGUUAAUUAUCGUGGAGACAUAGCUUCUGAUGGAAAAAGGCUGUUCAAAUUAUGCGGACCAAUCUCAUGGGAAUUAUACAAGCUUCAGCACCCACAAGUGGGAGAAAUCAAUCCCACAAUGCAUUUGCGGAAGGCCUUUUCCAAUGGGUUUCCACCGAAAAACAGGCGGAAUUGGAUGAGGGCUCUGUACCGCUUUCUCUAUCGCCUGACCCAACAAAAGCCGAGUUUCAGACAAACUAGGCUGAAGUCUCCAGCACUGGCGGAUGGGAUUAGAGAUGUCGACGCGACAACUUUGGAGCCAUUGGAUGUUGACCCAAGGUCGGAUAACACACUAGACUUGCCAUUUCUUGUUCUCAAUUCGCCCAGUCACUAUUCUCGGAGGAAACGCCGUUCAUCCUCCAAAAGGCAUUCCGAUUCACCAGAUCUUCACUUGGUUCUCUCCAAUCUACACCCCCUUUCGUCCUCUCAGAUUCCCCACAAAAGUUGCUACUCUGAUCCUUCCUCUGAUACUGAGUCGAUACGGGAUGAGAAUGAGCCUAUUCCUAGCGCGUCCGUCCUGAAUGAGAUCGACAGCAAUGACUUCUCCACAAGGGGUAGGCGAAAUCCUACUUGGGGAGGCAAAGCUUCCUCUUCAUCUCCACUAACUGUUGAAAUGGGAGUGCAAACUUCCAACGAUUUCUCACCAUCUCGAUUGGCGUCGACGGGAUCGUCAGCUGAUAGAAAAAGUCGACGCGAUGUUGCGACGGAGACGCGGAGGACAAGAGAGCGGACCCCAGUCUCCAAUUGGAUGGAGGAAGAUUUGCGGUUAAACAUGAUCCUGAGGAACGCGGACAUUGAGCGCACGCCAUUGCUGUCGCGACCAUCACAAACGUUGCCGUCACAUAAACUACACUCUCACGGAUUGCGUAGGCGACAGUCGGAGAAGGAGGCGAGGGUGCUCUCCUCGGGUCAUUCGGCGAAGGGGUCGGCAGUCGUGGAUAUGGAUGCCCAGGUGUUUUUUGGUGAACAGGAAGAUGAUAAUAAUAGUGGUGAUGAUAUGGUGGCCGAGUCCUCUCGGUGCUGCCCUUAUUCCUCCCAGAAGUCGAAGGGUUCAUCUCAAUCGAGGACACCAAAAAAUUCUGCUUGUUCGCUGCCGUAUCGCCUUGAAAAAAAGGCGCCCAAGAAGUUGAGAAUUAAGGAGGCCCGCGCCUCCUCAACCUCCUCCACGUCAAAUCGCAAGAGCCACAGUCGGAGUCGCGAGUCCCUUCACAACAGCCAUCAUAAAUAUCAGCAGCAGGACCAAGGCCAAGGAAGGCACCAGGACCACACCUUAGACCGGCGCCACCAACUCAUAACGCAGCUGGGUGUCGUAGAUGUGCGGGACCUAAGGAGAACGCGCUCGGGCCGGCUGAGUGUACCCACGCGAGACACCUGGCAUCGACAGAAAAUCGUCUUUGAUGGAGCCGAUAUCAGUGUAGAUCAUGGAGAGUACGGAAAGCAUGAUAAACGACUAGAUCGCGGCCGACCGCCUGCUUGUAACUUGUCUGUACAGUCCCCAUCUACCAACCACGACUUCACUGCUCUUUGUAAAUAG